ACACUUAAAAACUGACCCAACCAGAGCUCUGUAAUUAUUUGUUCAAGAAGCGUCUUGUGUCUUCCACCAUUGAAGUGGUCCUUUGCAUUGAUAGGAUACAAGAAUUAGCGAUCAGUCAGCGAUGGCAUCUUGGGACGCUCCUUAUGACAAAUACCGUAUUAAGAAAUUAAGCCGACUGACGAAAGACACCACAGAAGAGGAGAUAAAGGAUCUUUAUAAAAACUGGGCGACUACCUAUGAUAAGGAUGUCCUGCAAGAAGCCCAGAUCAUUUUUCGCAAACCGCUGGCCGAAUGUCUAGAUGCCGCUAUCAAACAGGUUUUCCCGGACAAAACACAAAGUCGGAUCAAAAUUAUUGAUGCAGGUGCCGGAACAGGACUUGCUGGUGUGGAACUCUUCAAACUUGGCUACACGAAUAUUGAUGCCCUUGAUAUUUCACAAGAAAUGUUGAACGAAGCAAAAAAGAAGAAUAUUUACAAGAAGUUCAUCUGCGCCUCACUCACUGAACAGCGGAUUCCCGAAAUAGAAACAGGAGAAUAUCAUGCGAUGAUCAGCACUGGCACACUUGGCACAGCGCAUGCGCGACCCGAGGCUAUCGAAGAGAUGAUCAGGAUGGUCAAGCCUGGUAAGUCUACUUUUGAUGAUUCUGUUGAUGUCUUGAUGCGCCUUUGGCAAUGACAAUUCUGUUUUUAAGGCAACGCGGAUACCCAAAUUUGGUAACUUUACCUCUUCAACUAGAAUCUUAGUAAUUUUUACCAGAUAACCUUCCUGGAAGAGAAUUAAUGCGUAAUUGUGCACAUAAGAAAUAUUGUAAAGGUGGCUUUUUCUGCAAAUAAUGUUGAUCUUAGGCCCCAUCCACGCUAAGCCGGAGAAAUUUGAAAACCCAGGUUUAUUUCUAUGGUUACGCCUAUC